AUGGUAGUGAGUGCCUCAAGGGGCUCAAAUAUGGGAUUCCAAAUCCAGAAACACAGUGACCGCUCACCAAUACACCAAGCGGUUUGGACCACUGGAUGCAGGACGCUCGAAGGCCACCGCGCCUCUCCUCUGAAUACAGGAUAGUGGAAGUACCAGAGAGGCUAUUGAGAAGGCAGUUGCAUCUGUUGUGGAGAAGUAUGGCGCACCAGAUGUGCCCAUCAACUCUGCUGGUAUUGCAGAGUAAGUUUUGUGUUUCCUAGCUUUAUUGGACUCGAUCUUUCACUCCUAGGCUCUGGACUUCUGCAAAGUCAUUACAAACAAUUGUGUGACUCGGCAUAACAUACUAAUGACUUCAUAGAUCCAUCAUCAUGGCUGAGAGAGCAUUUUCAACAAGAAGGUUAGAAUACCUGUAUGGUUAUCUCUCCAACUGGAGACCGUAUCACUCCAACCCCAUGACCGCCAAACAAGCCUGGUUCUAUUGUCCUUGUUGCUUCCAUAUCUGGCUCCAUCGUCAACUAGUGGAUUGCGCACAAGUGAGUCUAUAUUAUGACCUCUCCGCAUAACCCAGGCACAGCCAUAUGCUUUCCCUUUCAUCUUCUGGUCGUGGUGCACAUUGCUAAUCAUCUGUAUCUCCCCACAGAUCCGAGUUGCUCAUUGAGAUCAUCGCAGAAUACGCAACGAAGAAGGAAAUGACGAGCAUGAGUUUGGGGUGUUUGUGUAAGUUCUACCGAAGAAGCAGUCACCGGCAUAUAGUAAAAGGGACUUGCUAACAGGAUGUCUGUUGCCAGAGCUGGUCUCUCUCGACAACCGACAGCGACAGGCAUGUACGGAGAUCAUGUGUCGGCUUCGACAAGGAGAUUGGAUUACCUGA